AUGGUGAUGGAGCAAUAUUAUAAUUUCCAUCCCAUCACCCUCCUCUUUGGCUUUGUUUCCUUUCUGGCAAUCUCCCUCUUGGUGCUCUUCAACAGGCACAGAUCCCAGUUCACCGGCAACAACCUCCCGCCGGGUAACGUCGGCUACCCGGUGAUCGGAGAGAGCUACGAGUUCGUCUCUUCAGCCCGGAAAGGCCACCCCGAGAAGUUCAUCUUAGACCGGGUGAACAAGCACUCCUCCCAAGUCUUCAAGACCUCUUUGAUUGGGGAGAGAGCUGCCUUCUUCUGCGGCACCGCUUGCAACAAGUUCUUGUUCUCCAAUGAGAAAAAGCUUGUCCAAGUCUGGUUUUCGAGCUCUGUCAACAAGAUCUUCCGUUCUUCCACCGAAACAUCUGCCGCAGAGGACGCCAACAAGACGAGAAAGAUGCUACACAACUUCUUGAAGCUCAACGCUCUGCAACGAUACUUCGGAAUCAUUAACCAGUGUACCCAAUCCCACUUUGCAGAUAGCUGGGAAAACCAAAACGAAAUUCAUGCCCUAGAACUCGCCAAGAACUACACCUUCAAGCUUGCUGCACGCUUGUUUGUUAGCCUUGAAGAUAAGGCGGACAUUGAAAAACUAAGCAAACCAUUCCGUGCAGUGAAUGCCGGAACCAUAUCGCUGCCCAUUGACUUCCCCGGAACUCUGUUUAGUAAAGCCAUCAAGGCCGCCAACUUGAUUAGGAAGGAUUUGUACAAGAUCAUCAAGCAGAGGAAGGUCGACUUAGCAGAGGGCAAUGCAUCCCCCACACAAGACAUGUUAUCACACAUGCUCUUGACCUGUGAUGAAGAUGGAACAUAUCUGAAGGAAUCCGAUAUCGCCGAUACGAUUCUUGGUAUGUUGGUUGCCGGCUUCGACACACUUAGUGCUGAAUUGACUUUCAUUGUGAAGUAUCUUGGCGAGCUACCUCAUAUCUAUGAUGCAGUCUACAAAGAGCAAAUGGAGAUUGUAAAUUCAAAAGCCCCAGGAGAGCCGUUGAAGUGGGAAGACCUUCAGAAGAUGAAAUACUCGUGGAAUGUAGCUCAAGAAGUGCUGAGGAUGGCACCACCUGUUCAAGGAAACUUCAGGGAAGCUUUAACCGAUUUUGUCUUCAAUGGUUUCACCAUUCCGAAAGGGUGGAAGUUGUAUUGGAGCGCAAACUUGACACACAUGAGCGCCGAUUGUUUCCCUGAACCGGAGAAAUUCGACCCGUCAAGAUUUGAAGGAAAGGGACCCGCACCUUACACAUUUAUUCCGUUCGGCGGAGGUCCGAGAAUGUGUCCAGGAAAUGAGUACGCUAGGGUGGUGACAUUGGUGUUCAUACACCACUUGGUGACAAGGUUCAGGUGGGAGAAGGUUUUCCCUGAUGAGAAGACCACUGUUGCCCCUUUCCCUACCCCCGACAAGGGACUUCCCAUCCGCCUUUAUCAUCACCAAAAAUGAGCAGCUCAACCAUAAGAUACAAUA